AUGGAGUUUGAAGAUAGAAUCAGUGCAUUGCCAGACGAUUUGCUUUUGAGGAUCUUGUUAUUGGUUCCAACAAAGGAUGCCGUGGCCACGAUGAUUUUAUCGAAACGAUGGCGAACUAUAUGGACGAUGCUGCCACUACUUAAGUACACAGAGAUCAAAGAUGUGGUUACCCACAAAACAAAAUCUCUUGGCGGUUUACUUGGCCGUUUAUUUCGAAAAAGUAAGCGACCACGGUCUAUCUGGUGGUUUCUUAACGAGUCAUUACGACUCCACAAGGCACCUAGAUUAGAACGUUUAGAUAUAGAACUCGGUCCACAUUGUCCUAUUGAUGCUAACGUGGGAAAGUGGAUUGCAAGUGCGGUUGAUCGCAGGGUUUACGUAGACGUUUCAUCUCCGGUAUGCCUCCCAUCCCUCAAACGUCUUGAGCUUGUCUCUGUGGUAUACAAAGAUGAUGAUUCUGUUGUUAGGCUCUUAUCGAGUUGUCCUAUUCUCAUAUAUUUGUAUGUGGUGCGACACAGCCAAGACAACGUGACAAAGUUUAGUGUAAAAGUGCCAUCUUUAGUGACCUUUGAUUAUUAUAAUUCGGAACGAAAAGUACUUGGUGAAGAAGAUGUAGAGGGUAGUGAAGGAUCUUUGGUCAUAGAUUCAACAAUUUUAAAGGAAUUCACCAUCGCAGAUAUUCCGACAAACUCAUGCUCGAUUGAGAACAACCCUCGCCUUGAUAAAACACGUAUCUACUUUUGUAGUUAUCCCGAUGACAAAUUUAUGAAAUCUCUUUCCUCGGUCAGAUAUCUCGAUAUAUCUCUAAGCGUUGAAACGCAACCGGAUGAUGUACCUCUAUGCUUGUCAACGAAACUCGAGAUCUUUGAGUGGAAAGAGUAUAGAGGAACAGGGGUAGAGAAACAAGUAAUAAGAUACAUCCUUGCCAACUCCAAGUGUUUGAAGAGAGUUGGAAUCUCCUUGAAAUCAACAUGGAAAUGGAAUAAAAAGAAGAUCGUGAAGGAGUUAAAAUUCAUGUAUAGGAUUUCGACAACAUCUCAGCUUCUCUUCUAUACUCAAUUGGAUUUUGGAGUUUGA